AUUGUAUCCCUCUCUACCUCUCUCACACACACACAGUGUGUUUGCUGGGAAGGGGAUAGUCCUGGGGAAACUAGGGAUAACAUUGUCUACCUUCCUGUAAAGGAAUAUUUUGCUCCCUGGAAUUUCCUUUAAAAAGAUCUUGGAACAACAUCUUACAGGGAGACACAGCACUUCUGGCCAAAUUUUUACCCAUCAUCAAAAGCUGGUGACAUUUUUAUCACCUGACCUGCAGUGUGUUUGCCUGCCAUUAGCAUCAUCACUCGCCAGCAACAUCAACACCGAACGCAUUUGACAUUAUCAGGGAGACCAUGAGCAGCAACUACAGCAUAACUCUCUUAGGCCCUGCCCCCUGGGGCUUCAGGCUGCAAGGAGGGAAGGACUUCAACAUGCCCCUCACCAUCUCCAGGCUGACGGAUGGUGGGAAGGCAGCUAAAGCUGGUAUUGCUGUUGGAGACAUGGUUUUGUCCAUUGACGGCAUCGCCACAGAGGGCAUGAACCACCUGGAGGCCCAGAACAAGAUCAAGAGCUGCGCUGACAACCUCAGCCUUACCCUGCAGAAGGCCUCCAGUCUUCCCAAACCUCCUCCUAUGGCACCACAGGGCGACAGAUCAGACAUCAUAAAACCAGUGGCCCUCACCCACCCACCUCCUCCACCCCAUUCCCACCCUCACUCCUCCAGUCCCUCCACCAUCCCCUACAAUAAAUCCCCCCGACCUUAUGGAGGCUGCGGAUCAGAGAGCGAAUAUCCUCCGUCACAGUCACCAUUUGCUGCCUUCAUCCCAUCCCCAUCCUCUGCCUUCACUCCUGCCUCCUCCCACACCAGUCCUCCUCCUCCUCCGCCACCUCCUGUCUCUUACCCAUCCUCUUCCUCCUCCUCCCCCCCUGUCCUCGUUCCACCUCAGCCAUCAGUGUAUAACACACCAAUCAACCUGUACUCCACUGAGAACGCCUGUGAGGUGGCCAUGGGGCAGAGGCGGGGCCUAUUGGAGAGUCAGGGUGGAGCCUUGCCACUGCAGUUUAAUGGAGUUCCCAGGAAACACAUUGUGGACACAGACAUCCAUUUUUACCAUGUGCCCACUCAUGCUGAUGCCAGCAGGAAGCGCAUAAUGGAGGACACAGAGGACUGGCGCCCGCGCACCGGCACCACCCAGUCCAGAUCCUUCAAGAUUCUGGCUCAGAUCACUGGCACCGAGCACGUUCAAGAGGAGGAGGCUGACAAAGCAAAGAAGACAAAUGAGGAGAGUGAGGAGCCUGAACUCAACAGCCAUGAGUCUGCAGUUGUCAAGACCAUGAUCAAAGGACCCUCUGCAACCAAGGGUCACGGUCCACAGAGUCGUUUGAUCACUCCAUCUUUCGGUAUGAAGGGUAACGGCAGCGCCAGUGUCCCGAGGGGUCCUGUCCCAACCCGACCUGUACCCCAGCCCCACCCUAAAGAUGAAGACACUCUGGUCCAGAUGGCAGAACACAUCCCCGCUGGGACUCGUACGCCCAUGUGUGCCCACUGCAACAUGGUCAUUAGAGGACCCUUUUUGGUGGCAAUGGGUAAAUCAUGGCAUAAGGAAGAAUUUAACUGUGCUCACUGCCAUACAUCCCUGGCAGACAUAGGCUUUGUGGAGGAACAGGGAUGUGUCUACUGUGAACACUGCUAUGAAGAGUUCUUUGCUCCAACAUGCAGCCGCUGCCAGGCCAAGAUACUGGGGGAGGUGAUAAAUGCCCUCAAACAGACGUGGCAUGUGUACUGCUUUCUGUGCGCUUGCUGUCAGCAGCCAAUCAGAAACAACACCUUCCAUCUGGAGGAUGGAGAACCAUACUGUGAACAAGACUUCUACAGUUUGUUCGGGACUGGCUGCCAUGGCUGCGAGUUCCCCAUUGAGGCUGGAGACAAGUUCCUGGAGGCCCUUGGUUACACCUGGCAUGACACCUGCUUUGUUUGUGCAGUGUGCUGUACCACGCUGGAGGGCCAGACCUUCUUCUCUAAGAAAGACAAACCUCUGUGCAAGAAACAUGCUCACACACUGAAGAUAUGAAUCUUGGACUCUUCUCACACUUUUUUGGCCAUACAUCUUUUUUUGGUGGUUUAAGAAAGGCUCUUACUGAAAUAAUAGUUAGUCCAUGCAGCACUAUAACUCAAGCAAUAGUCAUUCAUGCACGAUGGUGGCUCCUGCAGACCCAAAGAAAACAAGAAAACAUAAUAUACUUUUGUCUUGUGAUCCCUAUCAGAUGCAUCAAAAAUUGUUGCCUUUGAUAAAAGCGUAUAAUUGUUUUACCUUUUUCUGUAGUUUUUAAAUGGAUGGUAUAUAUUUUAUUUUCCAUUUGUUUUGUGAAACUGGUAACACAGCAGAAACAUUACCUUUCAAAACAAAAGGUCACAUUCAGUAAUAUGAAUUUGGACCAGUAAGGCACUUGAGAAAGAGAGACAAAUAGAAAGAGAAUUGGUCUUGAAUUUAUGGAGGACAAAUUAGCAACAAGUAUAAGCAUAGAGUUUCAUGAAUCAUAUUCAUAUUUUUGUGUAUUUUACCUUGUGUUUUGCUGUAUAUUAAUUUGGGAUUUUAAGUAAUUACAUUAAUUUCUGGUUGAUUUGAUCCUCUUUAUGCUCCAUAAAUGUAAGAAGCUCUUUCUGGCCUGCAGGAAAAUAAGGUGUCAAACAUGGCUAAUAUAAUCCCUUUGUAGUAAGCUCUGUAUAUUCCACUUUGUUUAUAGAGGGGAGAAAUGUCUUAACAGACAUAGCAGGGAAUUGAUGGCAGGUAGUUUCUAAUUUGUUUUUUGUAUCUCAGCUGUCACUUGUCUGAACCAUUGCAACAUUUUGAUUUGACAAUAUUUACUUUUCGUAAGGGCUGAAGGGUACAAAUGGUCUAUUUUAUUUUGCUGAAGAGACAACUAAACAAUCUUGUCUUAUCUUAAUUUUACAUAAUUAUCAUAAAAAAAGAUCUGGGUUUUUACUGUAUGGGACAAAAGGGGGUUACCCCAAUGUGCAGUGUUAACUUAAUGUGUUUAAAAAGAAAGAAAGCAUUACCUACAAAAGUACAGCUGGAACAAAUGAAUUGAUCUGAGUUGUUUAAUAAAUUAUGUACUUUUAAACCCCCAAGAUAAAUAUUCUGUGUUUAUUUAUGUGCUUUCUGUGUAAUUCUAUCUCUCCCUAACAAAUGUCUUGCAUUAUUGCUUAUAUACCACCAUGAGAAACCUCAUGGUGGUAUAUAAGAGUGUGAUAUAAGC